ACCCCUGGCACUGACCUGAUUUCAGCGCCGAAUGACUCAGAAACGUUCUUCACGCAUAUAAGUGUGCCAAGUAUGUAAGGGAGUUUUAGUACUUAGCUCACAUAGAUAGAUUAUUGUGAAGGAUUACUCAUGUGAAGUAGGCCACAGAAAAUGGCGUGGCCUUUCAGGAGCUCCUGCAGCUCCGUGAUAGUCAAGUCGACGUCAAACGCUCCAGCAUUGAAGCUCUUGUUGCUCCUGUUGCAGGUUGUUGCGAUCGCAGGGGCUACCAGGAACCCUAGACCUCCCCUGUCAACCUUUUCACGAUGGGUUGUCGACCGCUUCGGAGUGCGAGUGAAGUUCUCCUGCGUCAAUUGGGCGGGGCACUUGGAAGCCGGAAUCCCGGAGGGUCUAAGCAGGAACACAGCUCGCGGAAUUGCCACCCUUAUCAGAGUGAACGGCUUCAACUGCGUGAGGUUGACAUACUCUACGUGGCUCUGGACAAACGAUUCCUACGGAGAACUGACUGUAGCGCAAAACUUUAACAAUCUCAACCUCACGUCCACUGGGCUAGCAAUCGCAGCAUUGAAUCCCGACCUUUACUUGCUAACGUUGCGGCAGGUUCACCGCCGCAUGGUGAACAUCCUGACGGCUCACGAUCUGAUGGUGAUUUUAGACAACCAUGUGAGUAAACCCAAAUGGUGCUGCUCGGAUACCGAUGGCAACGGCUUCUGGGGAGACGAGUACUUCGACGUGGAGACAUGGAUGCUGGGCCUUACCACAGUCGCAACCACGUUCAGCAGCAAUCCAUUCGUGGUGGCGAUGAGCUUACGGAACGCGCUGAGGGGACCGCGCCAGAAUGCCAUAGACUGGCGAGUGCUAAUGGCGCAGGCGGCAGAAGCGGUCCACGACGUGAACCCGGACGUACUGAUAAUUGCCGGGGGGUUGAGCUUCGCAACGGAUCUGAGCUUCCUGAACAACAACGACAACCAUCUCGAUACCUCUCGGUUCCCUAACAAGCUUGUGUACGAGUUUCACUGGUAUUCAUGGUCGCGUCUAGCACGAGGCAGCAACUUCUACAAUGCCAGCGAUCCAAGCGCAUGCUCCAACACCCAGAGAAACGUGAACCUCGAUAAUGGCUUCCUCCUUGAGCAGGGCACGCCGGUAAUUGUCUCGGAGUUCGGCAUAAACCUGGAAUCCACUAACUUUGCAGAGAAUCGGUUUCUGGACUGCGUGAUCGAUUACCUGGAGAGGGGAGACAUAGACUGGGCUUUCUGGGCGCUGCAAGGGAGCUACUAUUUGCGCUAUGGGAGGGAAGAUGAUGACGAAGUGUUUGGCCUGCUGCAGUCAACUUGGCGGUCUUUCCGUAAUCCCACUAUCGUAACAAGGUUGCAAUAUACCAUCCAAAACUCCACCCAAGGACCAUCAAGGAAGCUAUAGAUGAGCUCCACCUCCUGCCAGUUACCUUCAUUAGCAGGAUUCCAUUCGCUAGGUGGGGAACUCAUCGAUUACGUGAGACUCUUUCGAUAGCGGUUAUUUGAAUUCUGGACGAUACAGGGCACAUUAGGACCAAGUUACUAACCUUCGUAACAAUAGGCAAGAAUUGCUCACUUUGGCAGCGAGGAAAUUUGUCGAGCUGGGCACUUCCAUAUCAAUCGGAGGUCUCCUCACAACCUGCUUCGUCAUUUGUAAUAUAAAGUUAAAAGUUGCGCAAU